AAGCACCCUCUGUGCGUUCCGCAGGUUCUUGCCGAGUACCGGCACCCACGCGCCCGCGCAGGUAGCGCACGGUCGAUGGGAUGAAGGGGUACUCAGAUCAGCAGGUGCCGUUCACCCUCCCGCAGCAGCCUCCGAGCCAGGCGGCUCCGGCUGCCGGAGCUGUGCUGGGCUCCAGGAAGGGAGCCGGGGACCCGGGCUUGCAGCCGGCGCAGAACUCUGAAGAGCUCUUCCAGGACUUGAGCCAGUUCCAGGAGACUUGGCUGACGGAAGCUCAGGUUCCAGACAGUGAUGAGCAAUUUGUGCCUGACUUUCAUUCAGAAAACUUAGCUUUUCACAGUCCUGCAAAGGUUAAAAAGGAGCCACAGAGUCCCUCCUCAGACCCUGCACUGUCCUGCAGCCACAAGCAGCUCUUCCAGUACCACAAUGGCCAGUGGGGCCUUUAUGGCAGCUCUUUGUACCAGCCACCCGUGGAGAUGGGCCACUCCUUCCUCUCCUCCCAGAGCAUGCCCCAGGAAGACCCCACUACCUACCAGCACCAGAUGUCCAAGCCCUGCCUGCAGUACCUUCCUCAGAGCUUCAAACAGGAGUACCAUGACCCACAGUAUGAGCAAGCAAGACAUCAUCAAUACACAGGAGCUGCAGUGAUCAAGCAGGAGCAGGUGGACUACAUGUAUGAUUCAGAUCUUCCAAGAUGCCCUUCCACGUACCUAAAUGCUGAGAGUUAUCCAAGCCACUCCAGUGCAGAAGACACAUUAGGCUGCAGCUAUGAGAAGCAGCUGAGGUCCUUUACUGAUGAUGUCUGUGUUGUUCCAGAAAAAUGUGAAGCAGGAGACAUCAAGCAGGAAGCUGGAGGGUACCGGGAAGGGCCUCCAUACCACAGACGAGGUUCUCUCCAGCUCUGGCAAUUUCUUGUGGCCUUACUGGAUGAUCCAACCAAUUCCCACUUCAUUGCCUGGACUGGUAGAGGGAUGGAGUUCAAGCUCAUUGAACCAGAAGAGGUGGCCAGGCUGUGGGGCAUCCAGAAGAACCGUCCAGCCAUGAACUACGACAAGCUGAGCCGCUCCCUUCGCUACUACUAUGAGAAAGGCAUCAUGCAGAAGGUCAGACUGAAAAGCAGGUGGAAUGUGUAUGCUUCUCUUGAGACAGAAGUCUUGCAGGUGGCCGGGGAGCGCUACGUGUACAAGUUCGUGUGCGAGCCCCAGGCCCUGUUCUCCCUGGCCUGCCCCGAGCAGCGGCCGGCGCCGAGGGCAGAGCCCGACCCCCAGGUCAGCGAGGAGGACACGGUGCCUCUUUCCCACCUGGACGAGAGUGCCACUUACCAGCUGGACCCUGGGAGCCUUCCUCCACAGCUUUACAGCAAAGGCUACAGGUACUAGCAGCGCUGGGAGCAGACUGUGCCUGGACCCUGCCCGCUCUGCUCAGGGUAAGCAUUGCUCCAGGCCAGCCUAGGACAGCACAGAACUACAGCUGCCUGCUCUGGGCAGAAGGGCUCAGGUCCACAUCUGGAUAAGCACCUGAGAGUUGACAAGGCUUGCACGUGCUUGUGAUAAGACCUUCAUUUGUCAGGGCAGGCUUUGUUCUCAGUGAUGAAGACAUCUGAGCAGCACUGCUGCAGCUCCAGCAGCACAUCAGGCAAUGCUUCCUCCAGCCUGCCACAGUCCCUCUUUAGGGCCAGGGCUUUUGUCCGGGUAUGAGGAUGCUACAAUGCUGCCGCUGAAUCCAUUCCUCCAGCACAAGUACUGAACCUCUGUGCAGCCUGCUUUCAGCAAGGAAUGGCUCUGACCCACAUGGACUCCACCCCUGCAAGCCCAGGUGUGCCUUCUUCCCAGCAUGGCUGGAACAGUGGUCAUGGAUCAUCCACUGUCCCUGGGAACAGGGAAUACUUGUAUGUGCAUGCUCCUGUGUAACACUUUGUGCCAGAGACAUUUAGGCACUCUGAGCAGCAUAGGUGGAGGGACUGGCCAGGAUUAGAGCAGUCCUGGAGUACAUGGCAUGAAACACAAUUUAGGAGAGCUGCCUGACUGCAUUGGUCUGGGACACAGAUCAAAGCAAAUGUCCUCUGCAAUCCUUCUUCCCAAAGGAGGGAGCAAGUCCUGAGCCUCCAGUUUAUAGCAGUAUGGCUCAGCACCUGCAAGAUCUUUAAAGACCUGUCAGCCCACCCUGGGCUUCACCAGAAAAUGAUCUGAGGCAAGAAAAGAACCUGGUGGAGGUGUGCUAAGGAAAUGCUUUACAAAAUUACCUAAACUACAUGUAGUUCUUAAUACCUGAAUUUAGCCUUAACCUGAUACCUGCAUGUCUGAGGGAAAGGCAGCUCUCUGCAGUCAUCUCCCCAGUCCAACUCAACUAGACUUUGACUGGUUUCCUACCUUAGUUAAUACUUGUAAUUAACAGCUCAAACCAAUGUGGCAGAAUGGAGAGGAAAUUCUCUACCUACUGAUGAAAAGUCUGAUUCCCCCUGAUGACUCCUUCCUGCAUGGCUAAUGCAACCCCUUCCAGCCUUGACCCUAGGUAUGAAGACCAAGAAAGGCAGCUCUCCCUGCCUGGGGAGAGGCCAGAUAUUGAGAGCAGCUUGUUCUGCUGCUGCCUUUGCAUGCCUUGGGUGGUCCAGAGACUUGGUGUUCUGGAAGCUCCUCCUGCUUUGCCCUGCUCCCAUGCAGCCAGCACACUUCCUCUGGUGUCCCAGAAGUGAGGGUGGAGGGGAACUCUCCCCUCAGUAUAAGCUGCCUUUACUAUUUAUGAGUGUAACAAUGCUAUAAUUAAUAAAUUGGUCUAUGUCUUUGGACAGUA